GCGCUCUUCGUGCUCGGGGUCCUCGCCUUCACCCUCCUCGCCGCCUCCUACUCCCCCGACGACCCCCUUCUCCUCCGCCCCAACUCCUCCCCCUCCCGCUCCCUCACCUCCUUCCUCACCUCCACCACCUCCUCCUCCACCCUCCCCGCCGACGACUCCUCCGCCCUCCGCACCGGCGAGGACUUCCUCAACUCCUCCUCCUCCGGCGCGCCCCCCUCCAUCCACCUCUCCGACGUCUCCGUCCCCGCCGCCGCCGCCGCAGCCGAGGCCUGCGACGCCGACGCCCCGCUCAACUGCGCCGACCCGGAGAUCUUCCACCUCAUGAUGCGCGCCGCCAUCGAGGCCUUCCCCGACAUCCACUUCUACCGCUUCGGCAAGCCCGCCCCCGGCGCCGCCGCCGCCGGCGGCAGCUGCGACAUGGCGUGGCGCUUCCGCCCCAAGGACGCCAAGCGCGCCGCCUUCUACAAGGACUACCGCCGCUUCGACAUCGCCCGCUCCCCCAAUUGCACCUACUCCGUCGCCAAGAUCGGCGACUACCACUCCGGCGUCAACGCCCGCAAGAAGAAGAACAAGAAGCCCCGCCCCGGCAGCCCCCCCGACGCCGACGGCUUCGGCCCGCGGACCGCCAGAUCGGCCGAGGCCGCGCCCGCCGGCGCCGCCGCCGUCGUCGUCCCCGUCGUCGGCGACACCGUCAACGACACCCUCCCCGUCGUGGAGUCCGAGUCCGGGUUCAGCCGCGGCAGGUACCUCAUCUAUGUCGGCGGCGGCGAUCGCUGCAAGAGCAUGAACCACUACCUCUGGAGCUUCCUCUGCUCGCUGGGCGAGGCCCAGUAUCUCAACCGAACACUGGUCAUGGAUCUCAGCAUCUGCCUCAAUUCCAUGUAUACUUCGACUAAGCAAGAUGAGGAGGGAAAGGACUUUCGAUUCUACUUCGAUUUCGAGCAUUUGAGGGACUCCGCUUCGGUUCUCAAUCACAGCCAGUUCUGGGCCGAUUGGACGCAGUGGCGGAAAAAGGACCGGCUCAGCCUCCACCUCGUCGAGGACUUCCACGUCACGCCGAUGAAGCUCGCUGAAGUGAAGGAUACACUUAUUAUGAGGAAGUUUGGAUCGGUGGAGCCAGAUAACUACUGGUAUCGAGUUUGCGAGGGGGAGACAGAGUCGGUGAUCCAGCGCCCGUGGCACCUCCUCUGGAAAUCGCGUCGGUUGAUGGAUAUAGUGUCGGGGAUCGCAUCAAAGAUGAACUGGGAUUUCGAUGCCGUGCAUGUGGUGCGAGGGGAGAAGGCCAAGAACACUGCACUGUGGCCCAAUUUGGCGGCAGACACCUCGCCGGAGGCUCUGCUUGCCACUCUUGGGAACAAAAUCGAUGAUGGCAGGCAUCUGUACAUCGCGACCAAUGAGCCAGGCACAUCCUUUUUUGACCCUCUGAAGGAUAAGUACACGACACACUUCCUCGAUGACUUCAAGGACUUGUGGGGCGAGAACAGCGAGUGGUAUACGGAGAUGAAGAACCUGAAUAAUGGGGUUCCGGUGGAGUUUGAUGGUUAUAUGAGGAUGGAAGUAGACACUGAGGUGUUUUUGAGGGGGAAGAAGCAGAUUGAGACAUUCAAUGAUCUCACCAGCGAUUGCAAGGAUGGGAUCAACACCUGUAAGACGAGCUCCUGAGCUACUAAUUGUGCUGAACAAUUUGGUAUUGCUGGGAUUGGGAGGGCUUUUACCAAUUAUCUGUUUUAGAUAAUUACAUUCGGCUUCAAUUUCCUUGGAAAUUGUUUCUGUAGACAAUUUAGGUCUUAUUGUAUUAUGGUUAGCUACGCCGAGAGGUUAGUAGCAUUUUCAGCCAAUUGAUGUUCUGUUGCAUGA